CAGCGAACCACAUCCAUGGCCAAGAAGUGCCCCACCUGCGGGUCACGCAAGUGGCGCAAGGAUGGCAUCACGGGCAGCGUGGUGUGCGAGGAGGGGCACGUUCUGCAGGACGUCCGGUCCGAGAACCUCGUCGCCGAGAUGACGGGCCACGCGUUGCAGAAGCGGCGGAUGAAGACUGGGUUGCGGAUCAACAAACGGAAGAUGGAGGGAACCCGAGAUAAGAACUACGUGCACGGCGUCGAGGCAGAGUCGCUUCGGAUACAGGGGCUCCAGCUGCUCCUCCGGCACCAGGUGGCGGCGCUGCGGCAGCUCUGGGCGCUGCCAGAGGCGUUUGAGCUCGUGGUCCGCGACCUGUGGACAUACCAGCUGCUCGUGUCGCCUCUGCCAUCGUUGCAGCCACCGCCGAGCAGGCCAGCGUCCCCCGCGCCGGUGCCGGAAAGCGGGCCGUCGAGACUCUCCGGAGAGCUCAGACGGCAGCUCAGUGACUCGGAUACCGAGUCGGACUCGGGAUCAGCCACGUCAAAGCACGAAAAGGAGGACGGCGACACCGACUCCAGCAAGGAGGACGAGGUGUCAGACAAGAGCGAUGAGGAGGAAGACGAACCGCUCCGCGAGGUCGACGUGAACGGGCCUCCUCCCGCCGAGAUCUAUCGACGGAAGCGAAAACUACGCGUCUCAGAUACCCUUGCUUGCUUGCUGCUUGGGCUAUGGAUCCUGAGGAUACCAUUUACGCAUGCUGGGAUUGAAUCCUUAAUCAAUCUCAACCGAAUACCCUACAUUGACUUUGGAAAGUCGACACUCCUGCCAGAGGAGAUGCGCAUGCGCAUGAACCACGACGUGAGGGUGUCGCUGCGGCCGCCACGGUCGCCGACGCCGAUAGCAAUGUUCGAGUUCAGCCGCAAGUUCGCCAGCAUUCUUGUCCAGCGCUUCGGACUGGCGAUCCCCGAGAUCAACGUACCUCCCGUGGCGUGGGAGGUUUUGUCCGCGCUCGGCGGUACUGCUGUCACUCAGUCGCAAGUCGUCUCCUUCCUCGAGCUCAUCGAUGCCAACAUGUCGCUCAGCCCCGCAGCCGUCACGCGUACUCUGCGGAAACGGCGCAACUCUGACCCCGACCCAAUCGAGGUCGACAUGCCAGCACACGCCCACGACGUCAUCAUGCCCGAGCUCAGCAUCGCCGCGGCGUGGGUCAUUGUCAUGAAGCUGGCUUAUGGGCUGGACGGGAAGGAGAGGUUUGCCCUCAUGAAGACCGAGCCGUUGAUCGGCCAGCCUCGCGGUGACCUCUGGGUCGAGGAGCUGAGGAGUCGACUGGACAGCCGGGCGUUCCAAGGGACGCGGACUGAUCUCGAGCGAUUAUAUUUCGACGGCAUGGACGAGAACGACCUCGACCGGUUUCUCGAUCGCUGUGAGGAUGUCCUGCUGAAGGACCGAGACCACGGGGCUCCUGGCCCCUUCCCCCUCCCCACUGCUCCGCGCAGCACGCCACGGCCACCAGUCAACGAGUCAUGGGACUCUUUUCACUCGCUGGCCGCUCGCAAGAUUGUGACGCUCGACACGGUCCCUUCGCUGGCUGGAGCGACCAAAGAUCUGCCCCUUAUGCCUGGCGAGAAGCUCAAGUCGUAUGACCCGGCGGAUGUGACUGGCACGCUGCCGCGCGACUACGAGGUCGUGCUCAACUCUGCUGCCCAAGUUGUGGGCGUCGAAUCCGAGACGCUAGCCGAGGUCGUGCAGGUCUACGAGCGCAAGAUGGACCGCCAGCGGCCUCGCCGCGAGUUCUUUGACCCGGCUGUGCAGCGACGGGUCGUGUCUUCUGGUCUGCGCGAGAGCAGAAGUUUUGGAUAGCCCCCUGUUGUUGUCACCAGUCUAUUUGCAUGCACCAACUGCGCCGCAGCAGUUGCUUGCCUGAGGUCUGAGGGGAGAUUGUGCUGGUGUCCCUAAUCUAUGUAUAUUGCCUUG